AGAGCCCAAACAACAAAGAUUCCCUCGACAGUCUGGCUCCUCUCAAUCUCUCAUGCUCUUGGUUUUUGGCUUUUGCUCCAUUAAUUUCACCUCUUCCUCUCCUCUCCUCUCUCUUCCCUUAUCAGGAUAAUCACAUAUUCACAUUGUUUGCUCCGAGAUCGACCUCCAGUCACAGCCUUCCAUGGCUUCAAUCAUCGAAUCUGGCUGGCUGUAUCUGACUACACAUUUCAGUGACUUUCAAUUGGCAUGUCUAGGAAGUUUCUUUCUUCAUGAGAGUGUCUUCUUCUUAUCUGGACUUCCAUUUAUAUAUUUUGAAAGGGUAGGAUGGCUGAGCAAGUACAAGAUUCAGAUAAAAAACAACAGUUCUGCUGCUCAAGAAAAAUGUAUCACUCGCUUACUAUUGUAUCAUUUCGGUGUCAAUUUACCUGUCAUGAUAUUUUCCUAUCCCGUCUUCAAGUACAUGGGCAUGCGUAGCAGUCUUCCAUUGCCGUCCUGGAAUGUAGUUCUAUCGCAGAUAAUAUUCUAUUUUAUUCUUGAAGACUUUGUAUUCUACUGGGGACAUCGUGUUCUGCACACAAAAUGGCUAUACAAGCAUGUGCACAGUGUCCACCAUGAAUAUGCUACACCUUUUGGGCUUACGUCUGAAUAUGCUCAUCCUGCCGAGAUUCUGUUCCUUGGCUUUGCAACCAUUAUUGGUCCUGCCAUAACGGGUCCCCAUCUGAUAACUCUGUGGCUGUGGAUGGUACUUAGAGUCUUGGAGACAGUUGAGGCACAUUGUGGUUAUCAUUUCCCAUGGAGCCUCUCAAAUUUUAUACCACUCUAUGGAGGCGCUGAUUUUCAUGACUAUCAUCAUCGUUUGCUCUACACAAAAUCUGGCAAUUACUCAUCUACUUUUACUUACAUGGACUGGAUAUUUGGUACUGAUAAGGGUUACAGAAAAUUAAAGGCCUUAAAAGACUAGUGGAGUUGAAGAUGGGAGCAAGCAAAUGUAAUAACGGAGCAACUUGGAAUCAGAAAAUGGGGUUUCUUGAUUCAAGGGCAUCGCAGAGACACAUAUUCAAUCCCUGCCACAUUUUCUGUGUGACUGCAUUUUUUUGUGCUCAGUUACUGUUCAUGUUCUAGCAUGUAGUAGUGUGGAAUUGGUGGAAAGCUCUCUUUCAACAAUUUGUGCCCUACAUUAACAAUGUUGCCGUCGCAUUUUCUUUAAAAUUUCCUUGUUCUGUAUGUCUUUAGUGACACUCACGGACUCACUUGUUAUGCUGGACAUUAGCGGUUUAUAUUUUCUGCUAAGUUAUUUGAUUUAACGU